AUGUGUGUAACAACGUUUAUCAGCAAACAUCUCUUCUUGUUUUUUGUUGUUCCACAACUGGUGAUGGUUUUCUAUGCUUUAACAAAAAUUGGUCUGAAUGAGUGUUAUGCUGACAGAGAAGCUUUUAAGAUGGAUGGGAUUUUCGCACUUUUAAAUCCAUACAACUGGACCUUAGUCAUUUCCGUCCUCAUAAUAGGACUUUCUUGUUUAAGAAAAAAAGCUGAUGGGACACUUGUCUUUGUAGUGAACACUUUGAAUCAGUUUUUGAAUGGGUAUAUGUUCCAUCGUUCGAUAUAUUAUUUUGUUGGGUGUUUCAAAGUAUUUCUGAACGAUAAAACAUGUAGUGUAGGAAACAAGAAACUGAAUGGCAUUAGUGGUCACUUUUUCACUGCAGUAUAUUUCAUGGCUAUUUUUAUUCGACUGAUCAAACAGGUCGACUUUCUUCCAAAAACUUCUUCAUUAGUGUCGUUUGAGAUACCACGUGACAAAACAAGUACUUUUAGAGAUAUUUUGUUUCACAUGUUUCGCCUUGAUGUUACUGGAAAGGGACUCCAAAAAUUUGUGUUAUAUUGUUUGUUGCUUAGUUAUUACUUCGUAUGUUUGGCCACUACCUGUUUAACGUUGUUUCAUGGGUAUCAUACACCACUUCAAGUCAUAUAUGGCAUUUUCGUCGGGAUUAUUUCAAUUUUGGUAUAUGCAGUGUUCCUGUGGGUACCCUUCAAGUAUCGAUCCUUCAUUAAUCUUUUUCUCAUCGUUUUGGCAUAUUCUUUGUUUUGUAUUGUUAGUGGCUAUCACAUGCGUUUCAGUUAUUUCUAUAUUACUGGAGGCGUCGCAGUUGUGCUCACCGGUGUACAGCUUCUUACUGAAGCCCACAAGAAUGCAGAGUAA